GAGAAAAGAAGAGGAGAGGAGAGAGAGAGAGUGCUUCGUUUUCGUGUCUUCUGUGUCAUAUGAUCCCGGUCUUCCCCAAUCGAAAAGCAAAGAGAAAGAGUUAAGCGAUUCCUAUAUAGGGUUGGACGGUUACGAUAUAUAGAUAGAUGAAAUGUAAAAGGGGUUUUAGUUUUGUUUUGUAAUAAUAAUACGAGAAUUCAUCAAACUUUUCCUUGUGCUUCGUCCGUUUUCCGCCAACAAGCAAGCAAGCAAAUUCUUCCUUGACUGGGGGAGAAAGAAAGAAAGAAACUUUCUUCAUUUUCUUGAGAAUUUCAACAUCUUCUUCCCCCCCCAAAUAAAGGGUAUAAAUUUCACGAAGAAGACGACCGACGACCGACGAACGACGGGUAGCCAGGGAAGAAGGAUUAUUACUUCUUUCUCUCCUCCUCUAGCUAUAUCUUCGCUGCUUUUAGUCAAAAAUAGAAUCCUAGCUAAUAGACCGACCCAUAUUCGAUUCUCCAAUAUCCUCAUCUCCAAUAAAUCCCGACACUCGCUCCCCUUGCCCCUUUGUAUUAUUCUCUUCUCGUCGUGGUGGGUUUCUUUUCUGUUUCUUCCUUCUUCUUCUUCUUCUUUCCAAGGUGGGUCAAGAGAGAGAGAAGGAGAAUCUGCGAAAUUUCUCUCUCACCCCCCCAUCCCCCCGUAUCUCGCUCUCCAACAUGAUCGCUGAAACAGAGUCGGCGCAAUCAAACCUCGAGCGCUUCCUCGAUCGCACAACGCCAGUUGUCCAAUCGCAGCUCCUUCCUAAGAGUGAGAUCAGAAAUCUAAACAAGCUCUGGAAUCCAUGGGGUAGAGAGAAUGUUGAAUUCUUCAGACUUUCCGAUCUUUGGAAAAGGUAUGACGAAUGGAGCGCUUAUGGCGCUGGAGUUCCAAUUGUUCUUGACACGGGCGAAACCCUUAUUCAAUAUUACGUCCCUUAUCUAUCUGCAAUCCAGAUCUUCAUCAGCAAUACAACCCGAAGGGAGGAUGUUGAGUGGGUUAGCGAGACGAGAGGCGGGUCUUUGAGCGAUUCAUUCAGCGAGGACAGUGAGAGCGAGAAAGUGUCGACAAGAUGGGACGGGUGUUCGUCUGAGGAAGAAAAUGGUAGCAUUUUGCAUUUGAAUGACAGAUUGGGAUCUCUCUAUUUUCAGCUCUUUGAUAUAUCAACCCCUUAUUCUAGAGUACCUCUCAAAGAUAAGAUCUGUGGACUGGCUGAGAGAUACCCUGGAUUGAUGAACUUGAGAAGUGUGGAUCUUUCGCCAGCUAGUUGGAUGGCUGUGGCCUGGUACCCAAUAUACCAUAUUCCGAUGGGAAGAACAAUAAAGGAUUUGUCGACAUGCUUCCUCACAUAUCACACGCUUUCAUCUUCUUUUCAAGAUAGGGAUGAUGAUGAUGAAGAUGAUGAUGAAUUGGGGAGUGGGAUGAAAAGGAAGAUGAUGAUGAUGAAGAAGAAGAGAAAGGAAGGGGAAGGUGAAAGGGAAAGGCAUGAAGUAGAAGAAGAAGAAGGUGUCCGUUUAUCUCCGUUUGGAUUGGCUACAUACAAGAUGAAAGGGGACGUUUGGGCAACAGGAAGGGACCAGGAGAGGCUGUUUUCCUUGGUGAGCGUGGCUGAUUCAUGGCUCAAACAGCUUAGGGUUCAACACCAUGAUUUCAACUACUUCUUGGGCUUUCGUCAUAAUACUAAUAGUAAUAGUAACAACAACAAUAACAUGAAAAAUAAUAGUAGCAGCAGCAACGGCUAAUUCUGAUUGUGAAGAUGAAGAAGAGUUUUGCUGACACAACACACACAUGAUGACCAAGCAAGAUGUUGAUCUGAUGACGAGAACAACAAUCACAACAACAACUACCCAGAUUCUUGAGGAGGACCGGUUUGUGGAGACCAUUUUUGGGGGAUGUUUUUAAGGUUUCCUUUCUUUCUUGAUGCCCAUUUGCAGUGACGACUGAAUGAACACGAAUGAGUUGGUCCCAUUUUGUUUCUUGUUGAGUUUUGUUCAUAUUUUCAAAUGAUAUUUCAUUCACCACCAUCAUAAUCAUCAUGUAAGUAGUAGUACUAUGAAAGGAAAUUGAAAUACAAUCUGACUACUACUACUAAUACUUACAUAGAUAGAUAAUACCAUAUAUACCAUACAUGUUUCUAUCUCUU